AAAACGAAGCUGUAUCUUUUGUUUCACGUCACGAAGCAUGUGCCCGAUAGAGGUUACGUGUAUUUCCAUCGCUGCAAAACCGAACCGAUUCCAAGCAUCGAUACUUCCGAAGAAGCUUGCAAGAUAAUGCCUCAGUAUUUUGAAAUAGGGUUUUUCAGUCAGCAUCCUAUUGUAUGCGUCAACGAGAUGAUAAAUUCGCUGUAUAAGCCGAUGUUUGCAGACGAAAACAGACAAGUCCACGUUUCAAAAGAAGAUUAUCCGGUAGAUGAAACUCAGAUAACAUCUUUGAUUUCAGAUUUCAAUAAGGAAAUGACAGAGUUCACUGACUCUACGAAACAGAUAAUUUCUCAAAUCGAGAAGCCUUUCAUGUUUUCUCUGCCACAAAUUCCAGAAGAUAUCAAUCUAGAAGAAUUAGCGCAAGAAACUGAAUAUGUAACAGAAGCCGAAGAAAUGAUGGAUAGUUGGAAUUCAGUUCUUUCAGAUUUAUAUCAUGAAAUUGAACAUGAGAAUGUUCCUGAUAAUGGCCUGCUUCAUGAAGUCGAAUUUUGGAAAACUCAAAAAUUAAAACUAAACAUAUGUGCCGAUCAGAUGGGUCAUCCUAUCAUCGAGAAAACAAUUAAAAUUCUCAAGUUAGCUGACAGAGAUGUUACAAAGUUCGAAAAGAAUGUGAAGAAAAUCGAAAAUUUGUUGAAACGAACUACCGAUAACGUUGCUUACUUAUCACUACUAGAGAAAAAUGCAAAGCUGCUUCUUUCGGAACCAGUCGAUGAUGACUUGAAGAAAAUUCUCUUCGAUACUUUCGUCAUUCUGAAAGUCACCUGGGUGCAAUCAGAAUACUACGGCGAGGACAAAAACUUGUGUCGGCUUUUGAGCGGAAUAGCCAUGCUCCUGAAGGAAAGAGUGAAGGGAGAAGCAAAAAUCGACGGGCUAUUUCGAAAACCUUUACCACAAGUAAGCGUAAUUUUCUGCCGAGUGGCAACGGAAUUACUUCACGUGGUAUGAUUCUCAUGUGUCGUUCUCAAA